UUAGUUCUUUGGGUAAAGGCAUCAGCAGUCUCAACUAAAACAGGAUCAACUACAAUCAGCUCUCUCAGUCUUUCUAUUAUGUGUGAAAGGGAGCACUAGAACCUGAGGAAGGAUUUGAACACAGCAGGACAACAACUUAACUCUGAUGUGUAGUGGUAUGCUCUUCUUUUUGAAUUGGUUUUAGCACAUCAUAUAUAUACCAGGACUUUAUAUUUUACUGUAUAAUACACAUCAUGGGGUCUGAGUCAAGCAAAGAUAAGAUGUAUUGCAACAGAUAUUUAAAUGGCACUGGACCUCCAACACUGGCUAACCAAGAAACAGUUAAAAAUGGAACAAUCAAAAUAAACUCUAAAAUAGUAAGUGGAAACCAACCGGACGGACGGAUGUCAAUAAUGCACCUGAGGAGGAAUGUGGAAGGAUAUCCAAACUAUGAUACCAUACAGAUGAACUUUGAAUUUGAAGAUGGAAUACAAACGGAGGAGCAUCCUAAUCCAGGGCAGAAAUACUACGGGCUUAAAACAGUGGCCUUUGUGCCUUACAACCAUGAAGGAAUAAAGGUAUACCGUCUGCUAGAGGAAGCAUUCCAAUACAAGCUGCUGUUUACAGUGGUGACUACUAGUACCGGAGAAGAACGAGUUACCUUUUCUGACAUUCCUUUAAAAACCAAAGAGAGUGGUGGGCAUGACAGCUUCAGCUACCCCGACCCGAAGUAUCUGAAAACAGUGACGAAGAUCCUGAACUUGAAAGGGAUCAAAUGAGAAGGAAAGCUGAACGAUGAACAAUUUUCCAGCAUAAUAUAUAAACUGUGUGAACAAUUUUAUUGUGAAAAGUGACUUUCUUUAUUUUGUGUAUAUGUGCAGACAUUACAUUCACAGCCAGUCAACAGACACCUGGUAUUUAUCAUGUUUUGUAACAGCAUAGUCAUUAUCAAUGCCACCAACCGAGCAAAAUGAUAGAGAAUGUAUUAAAAAUAAGGAAACUUAAAUAUAUAUUGAAUUUAUGAACUGGUUUGCUCUCAGAUUCUAAUGGAACUUUCAAUGAGUGCUUUGGUAAAGGCAGAUGCACUUGGAUGGUCAAUUUAUUAAAUCUAUAGAUAAGACACUUACACACUGAUAGUAAAAAUUGUAUAAUAAUAAUAAUUUUUGAUGUAAUACAAGUGGACUUUUUAAUUAUAAUAGAGACAGAUUAUUCCAACAAAGUUAAUGUAUUUUUUAAUUUAUUAAUUCUGUUUAAAGUUUUAGAUUAUUCACAUUAUUAAAAAAAUAGGCCAUUUAAACAAAAAUAUCAAAAUAUAGGGUGCUCUUUUGACUGGCAGUGUUCAUGGAAAGUAUUAAAGGAACUUGGAUUAUGUUUGCGACAGAUGGCAUUUACUGUGAGAUAUUUUGUUAUGUAGUCUGGAAUGUUGUUGAACAACUGUCUACUUGACAAGAGAUAAGAAUGCAGAGAGAUUGCACUGUACUAUAUGGCUAGCAAGUUAUUUUAGUCUCCAUUGAUAUCUUUUAGAAUCUCUCUUCCUGUAGAUCUUUUUUUUUCAUUAUGUCUGUUAGUAUUUAUCUAGCUUACAAAUUAUUGUUUGUACAAGCUUAGCAGAUGACAUGUUUGUAAUAUUGUAUUUCAUUUGUAUAGUG